CAGGUCAGUCUUCUGCUGAUCUCAGGAGUGGUGCCGUCUCUCCAGACUGCCGGUUUGGGAGUCAACGAAGAUGUUGCUAACCUUUUGGCUGGUUUCAAGAUUGUGCUGUCUCCUAAUAAACAGGAAGUGGUCAGAAUUGUGGUUUACUACAUAUGGUGUGUAGAAGUGUGCUAUAUCUCAGCAAUGACCCUGUCAGGUUUGGUCAAUCUGGCUAUGCUCAUGCGGUCUAUGGUCCUGCAUCGAUCAAACCUGCAGGGGCUGUACAGAGGAGAUAUCUAUAAUGUUUACAACUGCCAGAGGAGUAUCAGGGCUUCCCGGCCAGCACUGGUUUGCUGGAUGGGAUAUACCAGCUUCACAGCAGCUCACAUCUGUAUCGGUAUGAUGGUCCAGACCAUGGUGUUCUUCCUCUGCCUUCUGAUCGUUGUCUUCCUCAUUAUCAUACCCAUCCAGCACAGACGGAAUCUGAUUCUCUUUCAGCUUGUGUGGAGCAUGUGGCCCUUCUGGCUAAUGAUUAUCUUGGCUGUGUUGAUUCAGCAUAUUACUGCCAAGUUUUGCUUCGUCAAAAAAACAGCAGGAACACGAGACCUGGACAACAG